GGAACGUCGGAUUUGGUGUCUGUCCCCCAUUUCCAAUUAUAGAUGGAUCAUUACAGACAGAGAAGUACUGAGAAUCCAGACAUCUGCUCUUCACAUGAAUGCACUCACCUCCUAGAGAACAGCCUGCCAUCAUGCUCUGGAAACUGGUUGAAAAUGUCAAGUAUGAAGAUAUCUAUGAGAUGUUAGUCCACACCUAUUCCGCCAUGGACCGGCAUGAUGGAGUGCCCAGCCACAGUUCCAGGCUGUCCCAGCUGGGAUCCGUCUCCCAGGGACCCUACUCCAGCGCUCCUCCACUCUCUCACACCCCAUCCUCGGAUUUCCAGCCGCCUUAUUUCCCACCCCCCUACCAGCCUCUUCCUUACCACCAAAGCCAGGACCCUUACUCCCAUGUCAAUGACCCCUACUCCCUAAACCCCUUGCAUCAACCCCAGCAGCACCCCUGGGGACAGAGGCAGAGGCAAGAGGUGGGAUCAGAAACCGGGUCACUGCUGCCACAGCCUCGGGCCGCCCUGCCCCAGCUCUCGGGACUGGACCCCAGGCGGGACUACCACUCAGUAAGGAGGCCAGAUGUCCUUCUGCACUCAGCUCACCAUGGCCUUGACUCCGGCAUGGGGGACAGCCUUUCUCUGCAUGGCAUCGGACACCCAGGGAUGGAGGAGGUCCAGUCAGUUGAAGAUGCCAAUAACAGCGGUAUGAACUUAUUGGACCAGUCUGUCAUUAAAAAAGUUCCGGUUCCUCCAAAAUCUGUUACUUCUUUGAUGAUGAAUAAAGAUGGCUUCCUGGGUGGAAUUUCAGUCAAUACCGGAGAGGUGUUUUGCUCUGUACCUGGCCGCUUGUCUUUGCUUAGUUCAACUUCAAAGUAUAAAGUAACUGUGGGAGAAGUUCAAAGGCGCCUUUCUCCUCCAGAGUGUCUGAAUGCAUCCCUCCUAGGAGGAGUACUUAGAAGAGCCAAAUCGAAAAACGGGGGGAGAUCUUUGCGAGAAAGGCUAGAAAAAAUCGGUUUGAAUUUACCAGCCGGCAGGCGUAAGGCCGCAAAUGUCACUUUACUCACGUCCCUGGUGGAAGGUGAGGCCGUUCAUUUAGCUCGGGAUUUUGGGUACAUCUGCGAAACGGAAUUCCCAGCCAAAGCUGUUUCUGAGUACCUGAACAGACAGCACACGGACCCCAGCGACCUCCACUCCAGGAAAAACAUGCUGCUUGCUACAAAGCAACUUUGUAAAGAAUUUACAGAUCUCUUGGCCCAGGACAGGACGCCCAUUGGAAACAGCCGGCCCACCCCUAUUUUGGAACCGGGCAUUCAGAGCUGCUUGACUCACUUCAGCCUCAUCACCCACGGCUUUGGGGCCCCCGCUAUCUGUGCUGCCCUCACGGCCCUUCAAAACUACCUGACUGAAGCUCUCAAAGGCAUGGACAAGAUGUUCUUGAACAACAACACUGCUAACAGGCACACAUCUGGCGAAGGACCAGGUAGUAAAACUGGAGACAAGGAAGAGAAACACAGAAAAUGAGAGAGAGAGAGAGGGAGAAAAAAAAAAGGAAAGGAAAAGAAAAAAGUUAAAUAAAUAAAAGGAGAAAAGAGAGAGAGAUAAUCUUUUAAAACAAAACCGUCUUAAUGUUAGCUUUAAAAAUAUUGGAUUGGGCUUUGGAAGAAUUCUAUUAGGUAGGAAAAAAUAAUAAUAAUAAUAAAAAUAAUAAUAAUAAUAAAAGAAAGACAAUAAUUUAAGAUCAGAGGAGCACAAUGGCGCAAGACCAGUGGUUCAGAGUCUCUUGCCAGGAACAUGUGAAGACAACCACCAGGAUUUUUUUCCCACUUCUGUUCUUUCACAUUUUUUAAAUAAUGAUUGGGGGGGAGGGGAAUAUAAUAAUAAUUAAUAAUAAUAAUAAAAGAAAGAAAUGAAUAACUUAUUGGAAGAAAUUGGAGAAACAUUUUUGGUGUCAGUGCUUUGAUUUCUUGAGCUGCACGGUCUGUCUUGCUAUUGUUUUUAUUUUAUUCUUUUUUUUUUUUUUUUUGAACGACGUCCUGUCUCCACCCUAGUUAAAACGAUCUUCCAGAGCGCUCCUUUCUGAGCAACCUCAUCGCCUCAUCUUCCCAUCCCGACUCUUCCCAUCCCAUCUCAACCCCCUGGUUCUGUCUAGACUAGGAAAGGAGGGGAAGCGAGCGCACACCUCUCACGAAGCCACCAACACCAGUCAGUUGGAGCUGCGUUUAUGGCAGCGGUUUAACAUUAGAUGCCAUUAGAGGGGACGUUUCAAGUCGUCGUAUCUCAGUCAAAUUAGCUAACUCUAUUUUUUAAGAACUUUUUUUGUUUUUUUUUCCUGGUCUAGACAGACUCUCUGUUUAGAUUACCAGCGUUUACAGGUGUGUAUGGGCGUGUGUGUGCGUAUGUGUGUGCAUAUGCGUAUGCACACACAUAACUUGACAGGGGUGCGUGUGUAUCCUGUGUAUGUUUGUAUAUAUAUGUAUAUAUAUGAAUAUAUACAUAUAUAUAUUUUUAAUAUGUGUGUGUAGCCACACAUAUUCAUGCAUGCAAACAUACCUUUGUAAUUUAGUACUUGCCUUUGACGGUAAAAUGCCUUGUCUAUAAUGGGUUGCAAAAUUUGAAAGUAAGGUCUGGUGAAACGUCAGCGCUAUCUGAUUUCUUAAUUUUCUGAGAUCUCCUCUUUUUCUCUAGGGAGUUUUAUAUUCCUAACUAUGCCAAUGUUUCAGUCCUUAAUUUCCUUGAGUAGUGUGUGUGAGAGAUAUCUUCCCCCAUUUUUAAAGAACUGUUAACAACAACAAAAAAAAAUGAGUGAUAUGAGUAUGUAAUUCUUUCUCAGGAGUAUGCACUAUUUUAUUUUCUUCUGUUUCCUAAAGCUUUGCCCGCUUGGCUUAUGAGCUUCUUCAAAGAGGACUAGAGAUCCCUACACAAUAUAUCAGGUACAGAGAAAAAAAAUCCACAAUUCUGAUAUUCUGAUACUUCUUUCUUUUUUUUUUUUUUGCUUUUUCAAAUCAAAGCCAGUUGUUUCUGAAUUCUGUAGGUGCACUUCUUUAAAGAAGCUCAAAGGGAAUAAUUUGAAUGAGAUAAAAAAAAAAUAUCUAAGUUGAAAUCAAGGUGUAAUAUCACAAGGAAAAUAAGAGCUGUGUUGAAUGUUACCGCGCUUGCUUGGCACAAGGGUUUUGUACCCAGGGAGGAAAGGGUUGCCAUGUGAGCUGGCUCCUCGUGAUGGGAGUGGGGAGGGUUUGCCAGGGAAUAUCCUGAUUUCUGAGCUCAGUCUGAGGAAAUCUGUUUGUCUCAGAAAGCUUUUUUUUUUUCUUUUUUUUUAAAAAAAAAAAAGUCUUGUGACUCUUGCUUUAGAACAAGUUGGUGUGGUAGGGGGAAAAAACUUUCUUAACUCCAAUGUUUUUCUCGGUGGUUUGGUGUGUGACAGGAUGUCUUAUGCAUAUGAUUUGGGGGGUGGUGGUGGAGGGGGAGUCUGAUUUCUUUCCUUUUUCUUUUUUUUUUUAACAUACAUUUAUUUGUCUUCGAUGGUAAAAAUAAUGCUGAAGUGUAAGGAUAUGAAUUUCUGUUUGGAUUCUGCCGUAUUGGGUAAUUGCAUGUGUUUCUCACUGGGGUAGGGUUCGCGCACUAACACAUCUUUUUGCUUGUGUCAGAACAGUUACUGGGUGUGGGUAAAUCUCCUGGAGUCACUGGCAAAACUCCAGUGGGGUCAGGCCCCCCCACCCCAGGAUCCCUGUUAAAGCUGCAACACUCAAUCCCACCCAAGCAGGCACUCCUGAACUCGAAACAAGGAGAGAGAGACAAAAGAGAAACCUUAGUCUUGUUUUAGUUUCUAGACACCUUCCAAAGUGGAUGGUGGAGGAGAAGUAAUGCAGCAAUAAUCUCCACAUCCCCCACCAAAUUUUUCUUAAAACAAAAAAAGCAACCGAGCCUCUUGACUGUCACCCUUAGUGUCCUUAAACUACUUGAGAAAUGGCUACAGCUGAGGCCCUGCUCUGCUUUUCAAAUCUUUGUGCAGCAAGAGAAGGUCUUGGCUCUUGUCCCCUGCCUGUGAGUUGGACAAAUGUAUGGCAAUAGAAACCCAGGAACCAUCCAGGCCCAAGGAGCACUGACCCUUCUGGAGCUGCUCCUCAGUCAUAUACCUUUGGUCCUGCUGGGGCAGAAUGCUGUGGAGAUCCUCACAUGAGAAAAGGGGGAAACUGAGGCAAGCAGGCUUCUCCGUGGGCUGCUGGGAUGUGUUAGAGGUAGCCUUCAAUCCUGGCAGGUCCUUGGCAGUGGGUUUGGUAACAGGUGUGCCACUGCUGAUGUCACCAGAGGAGGUAUGGAACCCUGGGUGAUGUAGAUCUCAUGGAUCCCCCACCAGUAGGUUGGAGACCCCCAGAUUGAAAAGCAGCCCUUAGGCAGCUCCUGGUCCUCCACAGCCCACCCGUUGCCAGCCGCCCCCAAUUUCAGCAGGCCCAUGGGGAAGGACUAUCCAAGCUCCCGUGCAGGGCAUGCCCCAGCACUGGUGUGCGGGAAAGGGAAGGUGUGCGUGUAUCUGGGGAGGAAUGAAUGGCACUACUUGAAAGUGCAUCUCCCGACAAGACUAUUCUGUUUAUCGAAGCUGAGCACAAAUUGUUGAACGUUGCUUUGCCUGCUCUCCACAAAAAGCCUUUGUGAGGAGCCCCUGGGUCCAGCCCUCCAGCACCACCCAUCCUAGUGGGGCUUCAGACUGUGGGGCGACCCCAAGUUAGCUCUCAGUCUUCCACCUCCCCAGCUGCACAUGCAGGGACAUGGGGACCUGCUCCCUGCCACCCCAGAGCUUCCAGAUGAAAGCUUUGGGGGGAUGUUGGGGAUGGUCCUUUUAACUGCAGAAGACAGUAUAGAGUAUCCCACCACCACUGUGAGUCUAUGGGGAGAGGGAACCACUUGCAACUUCUUGGGGAAAGACCUGCACACACAUGUGCACAGGUACACACAUGUGUGAGGGCCUGAUCCUGCUGCUGAAAUCUCCCCUAGGUGCAGGUUUUGUUGCCUGGAGCAGGACCUAAACCUCAGGAAGGUUAAGGGAAGAAUUUCAGGUGAACUCCUGGUAUACUUUGGACCUGUCCCUCAUGCCUUCUACCUGGAAGAGACAGACUGCAAAAGCCAGGCUGUGCUUCACUCAGGCGAAAUAAAGGCUGAUGUAAAAUUCUUAUUGAUUUUGGUGGGACUCCCCUCGUUUCUUCCACAAAGUAUGGAAACAAAAUCCACGAGGCUUCUGAUUUAAAUGCAAACAGGGAGAAAACAUGGCAUAGGAGUACAGGCAUUUCUGUUCUUCCCCCUAGCCUAGUGCCAGUCCCAGCGGGCAACAUCCAUUGCUUGGUGGCUCCUGUCAGUGCUGAGGACUGAGGUCCCCCAAAAACUAAACUCAGCCUCCCGCUGGAAGGCAUUUUCCUGCUCCCUUGCACUUUCCCAGCCCGACUACUUGUGUUGGCAGGGCACCUCAGACGUUUAUCUGAUAAUUGAGUUAUUAAAAGAUUUGGUUUCCUCGGGAUCAUAAAUCAAUAAACAGGAGGAUUAACACGGCAGCUUUGCUUUUUAACUCAAGGGAAAAGUUUGAGGAGAGACCGUGAAAAGUUUGUUUUCAAACCAAACAGGUGGGUUGCUGUAAAUUUUAUUUCAUUCUUAGUCUCGCUUUUUUUUAAUAACAAUUCUCUAUUUUCCGUUGGAAAGAUCUUUGAUUUUGUAUGCUCCCUGACUUCCCCCCCCCUCCCCCCGGUUGUUAUUCACACAAGGUGUGACGGAAACAAGAAGCCAAUUUUAUGGGAAUCCUUUUACAACCCGAUGAUUUCUUUAAAAUCGGGUAGUGUCUUGUCCCACCUAAUAGAAAUUCUCUGUGAGAAGCUGUUUCAAGUCCCUUCGCAUCCCAGACCAACCUCCCCCAAAACCCCCCAAAUUUGCAUUUGGGGCUGGGUGGGAGGGAGGGGGGGGAGGAUGGUUUUAAGACCUUGAGCUGUGCCCAAAGGGCUUAUUCCCUUCCCCUCCUCAUCUCCUUCGGACCGGUUUAUCACGCAGACCUAUUCGGUUCUGUUUUAAUACGUUUCUCGGAGAAUUUGGUGCUCGUUUCAGCUGCCGUUAAGAUCGAUCCGGCCAACCCCCGCCUCCCCCCCACCUCCCCUCCGGCUUCCCUGUGUGAGAGAGACCGCAGGCUUUUUACAAAUAGUAUAUUUUCUUAUACAAAGGGAAAAAAAGUGAAAAGAAAGUAUCCCCAAACACAUGGCAAACGCCUGAACAUUUCGAGAGAGACGAAACAUUGUGUGCCAGCGAGAAAUAAAGGAAAAAAAAAACAAACCACAACACACAAAACCCCAAACAAAUGCAAAACUCUGAAAAAGCGAAUGAGAAACUGGAAAGAUGAAAGAAAAAAUAAAUAAAAAGAUCUCCUUUUAUGCCCCAAACGAUCCCUUUCACCUCCUCUUCUUGAAAAAUCUGACCAUGCAGUGAGAAAUAUCAGUUUAUCGACUCUUCCUGAGAAGAAAUGCGGAGAGGCAUUCAGUAUUGAGUUUGUAUAUAUUUAUUUAUGCUUAAUUUAACGGGAAUGUGUAAAUAUGGCGAGCAAGUAGUUUUUGGGUUAUUUAUCUGUGAAUCUAUACCUCUGUGAAUGGGUGGGGGAAUUAAAAAAAGAAAAAAACCACAAAAAGUAAAAAAAGAAAAAAACAAACAAAAAAGAAAAAAACAAAACCAACAAAAAAAAUCCCGCUUGACUAGAUAGUAUCCUAUCUGAAUCUUUUCUGUUCUUUAUAGACAAGCUGUUAUGGUAAUGGGUAGAAAUUGGUUUCUUGUCCAGUGAUGACCUGAUUUACAUAAAUAAUAAGAAUAAAAAAAAAAGAGAUUGUUGUGUUUUGUUGUAUUUUCCUCUUCAGUUUUUUUGAAUGUUGGUGCUGCUUCGAUUCUGCAGACGGAUUUACUUAUAACGCCAAGAAGUCUUUAUUUUCCCAAUCUAGGCUUUGGGGAAAUUCAGGACAUGUCUCUACAUUAAA